AUGAGUAAGCGCGUCGUCGUCGUCCGUCGUCAUCGACGUCGUCGCUGGGGGUCCAUAGAUAAAUCCGAUUCCGAAGAUGCUGAGAAGACGGCGGAAUGUAUAGACGAGAAACCUACUGAAAAUACUUCAGGAGAAGGAGGAGUUGAUGCGGAAUUGGAGGUGACCCUAAAAACUGAGGCUGAUCUUGGAGUGUCUUUGGGUAAAGACCAAGGAAUUCUUGACGAUGAGGAACUCACAAUUGGGAUUCCAGCGGAAACCAUUUCUUUCAACGAAACCCCUGUCUUGAUUUUGGGAACUGAUGAAGAAACCGCACCAGAAGCACGGAUAAAACCUUUAUUUGACACUCCCGAGGAUGAGGUGAUUUUCCAUGAAGCGGAGUCCCGACCAUCGUCACAAGGAGAUUUUCUCUCUUGCGACGACCUCGAUGAUGCCGACAUCUACGACGAUGACGACAUCAAUUUCUCCGCACACAAAUCGUCACUCCGCGGCUUCGACAUAUCUGCCCUCGACAUCCCCGCCGGCGACACAUCUCCGGGUUUAUCCAUAGAAGAAUUCGCAUCCUGCGAAAGCCUUCUCGCUCCUCCAGAGUUCAAUGGUCACACAGAUUCCCCGUCCGCAGAUAAAUUCGGACCCGCGGCUUCAAAGAGUCUCACGGAGUCCGGGAAUUUCGCGAGCACUUGGGAAGAACCGGAUGAAACCGUCGUGUCAGCAGCGAGUGAAGCACUUUCUAGUGAAGCCACUGAGCUGGAAGAUGCCGAUGCCCUCGAAUUGGCAACUACAAAGCCAUCACCGGACUCAGAACCACUUCCAAUCACUGACGAACCUCAAGAUCAAACUGAAACACUGCUAUCGAAAUCCGAAGGACACACCUCUGAGGAACCACUUCACGCACUCACGAACGACAGUCACGCCGACAUCACUCAUGAGGCAUUCGAAGAUGAAAAAGUCGAUAGCUUCGUCGAAGCAUGCGAUAUGCUCCGGAUGAACGCUGUCACUGUCGAUGAAACACAAGAGCUGACAAACUGUCUCACUAUCAGAGACAUCGUGAUUUUAGAAGCAAAAAUAGUGAAAAUCGGAUCCGAUCAACAAUCUACGACUGAUGUAGAGACGAGUUUCGCAGAGGAUUGCGACGAAACAUCCCAUUCGGAAAUUCAUGAAAAAUCCUUGCCAAUUUGUCAAAGCUCGAAAUCAUCCGUGGCCGAACAAGAAAGCAAUGCAUCAACUGCUUGCUCAGGAAGCAUCAACCAAUCCUUUCACGAAGCUGAAAUAAGCGAACAAAACAAAAUUCUCCCUAGUCAGGAUAUAAUCCCGUGUGAACUUCCAGAAUCUCAAGAAGCAUCCCCUUCAAAUGAUCAAGAUAUCAUCAUCACGGAAGAUCAUGUUUCUACGCAUGCCGUAGAAACAGAGAGUCCUCCACAAACUCCAAAACUUCACGGAACAGAUGUUGAAGCCCAAGAAUCGCCUUUGAGUUCAGUGAAACAUGACAUUAGUGAUCAGUCUUCAAAUGCUAGACCGGGCUCAAAUGCAGAAGUUGGAGCUGCCGACGAUGAUAACGAAGAUAUGCUCGAAUCAACAGAGAUCAGUAAGGAAGACGAGGUUGAUAAAAGCGACGAAAUAAGUUCGAAGUUCUCUCCUGAAAUCGAACAUGACACUAUUUACCUCGCCAAUUCAUCCGUAGAACCUGUUAAUCCUCCAAGCAUUACAGCAUUGGAAACUGUUCAAGAUGACAUGAAAACGGAUUCCGCGCCCAUUUCUAAAUUUUCUCCAGAAACCACUGAAGAUGCAAUAACACUGAACGAUAAAAUAGACGCCGAAUCUCCAUCCAGAAUGUCCUCGAAAAGCGUUCAAGACGACGCUGAAACGAGUGACAAAAUGGUCGCCGAAGACUCAAUCACAAAAUCCGUCGCUUCUCCAAGUGAUCAACCACAAGUCCUCGAUUCACGCGGAAACGAAUCUCCCAUAGUAGAGGCCAUGGAAGAAGAAGAACAACAACGUGAAACGCAUUUUGCGACUGUCGAAGAUCUUUCCAAAGACGAUGCUUCAGCACUUUCAGACAUCGCAGAAGAGAAUUCAGACGCCGGGGAACCGGAUGCUGCAAAACGCAGAAUAUCCGUGGACCCACACCUGUUCACCAUCAGUUCUGACAUAGAAUCAAGCGGUGAAACUAUCUUCGAGACCGGGUCCAUGUUCUCAGAGUCUAUCAGCGGCAUUUCGAGUCCAAUCGACGCAGAUUUGGCUUCCCCGAGGGAUGAGAACUACUUCGGAUCGCACGUUCUUUACACGUCCAGCUUGUUUGUCACUUUAAAAGACGGCGCAGAGGAAGAAGACGAUCACAACCGGAGUCUGGAUGACGUUGGUGGUGGUGGUGGUUUGAUGAAGCGAGAUUGGCCGGAUUUCGAUGACGAUGAUGACUUCCGUCCAGAGCACGUCACUUCUAUGCCAAAAGCAUUCCUCACGCAGGUUUUCUUGGAUCACGAACAAGAGCAGGAGAUCCAGCGCAAGGAGUACAGGGACUUGAAGGAGGAAACUGAAGUUGACAUGCCAAACGAAGCAAUGGAGGAGUUGCCUGAAGAUUCAGCAGUUUCCGCAGAGCCGCCGUCAGAGCCACCGCCGCCGCCACCAAUCGAAGAGGAGGAAGAUUAGCGUGAAUCCACGCAGAAAGAAAGAUCGGCUUCACUUCCCCCCUUUUUUCAGUUAGAAAACGGGGGCUUCGUUUGAAGUUUUUUCGUUUUUGUUCAAAGUGAAUCAUUACGCAGCAAGCUGGCAACCCUGAGAGUCGAAAAGAAUUCCGUUUUGAAUCCAAUGCUUCUUGCAUGCUUGCAAAUGACCACUUGAAAAUGUGUUUGCUUCAGUUCAAUCCCUAGCCUCUUCAUUAUUUUUGACCUCAAUUCGGAUGAACAAUUUUAAAUCAAUGCAUAUUUAUUGCAUUUAAAAAAUUGAAAAAAUGUUUCCCCUUCGGACACUGGCCUCAUUAAUUCAAGAAUCAAAUUAAAUGGACUUCAAUUCAAGCGAAUAGGACAACAUAAAUGCAAAAAUUAAUUACAGAGGCUUUCACACAUGUUACUUCUGGUUUUCAUACGCAAAGACCAAUGCAUAAUCUAAAGGAAAUUAUCUGAUAUUUACAAAAAGAAAGGAAUGGAGUUUUGCGCUGUGACUGUUCAAAGAAAAACGGAAACAUCAGGAGAGUCCAUGUCAUUAAGCUUGCAAAAAAAAAAAUUGUGCAGAAAGCCACGUCAUUUUGACUCGUUUUUAUCGUGAUUAUUUUUGCUUUAUAUCUUGCCCCACAAAGGAUCUGGGUUGCCUUCUCAUCAAAUAAAAAGAAACUGUGGAAAAAGUGAAAUGGCAGUUCAAUUUACCUUUGGUUCAAGUCUAUUACAUCACA